AUGGAAGAUUUCAGCAUUAAAGAUCUUGGAGAUCUCAAGUACUGCCUAGGGAUCGAGAUUCAUCGCAAGCGCGAAGAUGGAACGAUCAAGAUGAACCAGAAGGCGUACAUCAAGUGA